AAAAUUUAGAAUCUAAUCUGUGGUGUUAUUUUAUUUACUCAAUUAUUUAUCUACUUAUAGGUCUAUCUAAUAAUAAUUUAAUAAAUAAUACUACUUUUAUAAGUACACAUAGUAUCGCUACCAUUUUUCCUGCAGAAAAUCAAUAACUGAAAGUUUAAAGAAAAUUAUGCUACGAUAGAAAUACGUAAUAAUUAUGUCAUCUCCAGCUUCUAAACUUGUCUUAGGAUUGUCUUGUGCUUUAACGUUAGGGAUCGUUACUUACGUACAUGUGAAACAACAAACAGACAGAGAGAAAAUGCAUGAAGGGGUUGUUAGAGACAUUGAACGGCAGCAACGAAGGAAAAUUGAAAACCUCUACUUGUUACAAAAACAGAAUGACCUAACAAAACAAAUAAAGAAGGAAAUGGAAAAUUCAUAGACUUAAAAAUUUACUAGGCAUAGACUAUUUAUUAAAUAUAAACUAUUAAAAACAAUUUGUUAAAAUCAUA